ACCUUUAACGUUCUUUAAAAUUAAUUUAAAUCACAUACAUAAAGUAACAUGUUUUUUAAAACUAGAAUAUCAACCCACUCCCAAUCCUAGCACCUUCCACCCUCCACCCUUCCCCAGAAAAAAAUUCUAUUCUGCAUCCUGGUGGGUAUCUUCUAUACCUUUUAAAAGUAAUUCUUUAUACACCCAUAGUACCCACAGUAGAGCCUUUCAGGUCACAGCAUUCUUUCCCACCAAGUCCACACUCAGUCUCAGGAUCCUUCUCAGCACAACACUCUAGGCAAUCAUUACCCAAGUAACCAGAGUCAGAACAAGAGAGGAUACCUACUUGCUUCCCUGACUUCAGGAGUGAAAUUCCUCCCAGAAGUCAGCAGAGCUCAAGCUGCCUUUGGAUGAUAAAAAGUCCCAGCCCUGGAAAAUGCCCUAAGGCCAAGCACUGUGCAGCUGUUGCUGGCUCCCUUGACAGACAUGAUUUUCCUUCUUAAGAUCAGGCACUGAGAUGGGAAGUGAGAUGGCCUUGCCAGGCCUUGGUUGAGUGGUGUGUUGAGUUGGGGUGGGGGUGGGGGUGUCCUCAGGCCAGUUGAAAUAAUUCCUGUGUCUAUUUGGAACACAGAGCAUUUUCAUAUCCCCUGGUCUGUUUGAACUGACUCAGGUCCUGUAAGGUAGAUGGGGCAGCUGCUAUUAUUUCCAAUAUUCCCACCAGAGAGAUUGCAUAGUUUGGCCUAAGAGUACACAGCCGUGAGGGGCAGGAAUGGAACUGAACACAGCCUGGCCCCCAACCAGGACCCUUUUUCCCUUCCCAGCCCCUUCUGAGAUUCCACCCAUGGCCUCUCCAGAAGCCCAGGAGGUUGGAGCAGCCCUGGCCAUGGAGAACCGAGUGGAUCUGGGGGCCGAGGAGACAGGGGCCCCCACCUUACCUCACCAGCAGUCCUGGCUGGUGCGACAUUUCGCACUGCUGCUGCGGAGGGACCGACAGGCCCAGAAGGCAGGGCAGCUUUUCUCGGGACUCCUGGCCCUCAAUGUAGUGUUCCUGGGCAGCGCCUUCAUCUGUAGCAUGAUUUUCAACAACGUGGCCAUCACACUGGGCGACGUGUGGAUCCUGCUGGCUGUGCUGAAGGCCCUGUCCCUCCUCUGGCUCCUCUACUACACCGCCAGCACCACCCGCCGGCCACACCCGGUGCUCCACCAGGACCCUCAUGCGGGACCCAUUUGGGUGCGGGGCUCUCUGGUGCUCUUCGGCAGCUGCACCAUCUGCCUCAACAUCUUCCGAGUGGGCUAUGACGUCAGCCACAUCCACUGCAAGUCAAAACUGGAGCUCAUCUUCCCUGUCAUUGAGAUCAUCUUCAUCGGCAUCCAGACCUGGGUGCUCUGGAAACACUCUAAGGACUGUGUUCAGGUCCAGACCAACUUCACUAGGUGUGGCCUGAUGCUGACGCUGGCCACAGACCUGCUGCUGUGGGUUCUGGCCGUCACCAAUGACUCCAUGCACCGCGAGAUCGAGGCUGAGCUCAGUGCCCUCAUGGAAAAACUCUCAGGCAAUGACACCAACACCUGCCUGUGCCUCAAUGCCACAGUGUGUGAGGUCUUCCAGAAGGGCUACCUGAUGCUCUACCCCUUCAGCACCGAGUACUGCCUCAUCUGCUGUGCCAUGCUCUUCGUCAUGUGGAAGAACGUAGGCCGUCACCUGGCGCACCGCACAGGCACCCACCACAGCACCCCGCCCUUCCACCUGCAUGGGGCCAUCUUUGGGCCACUGCUGGGUCUGCUGGUGCUGGUGGCAGGCAUGUGCAUCUUUGUGCUUUUCCAGAUCGAAGCCAGUGGCCCUGCCAUCGCGCAUGAGUACUUCACCCUCUACUAUGCCUUCUAUGUAGCCGUGCUGCCCACCAUGAGCCUGGCAUGCCUAGCAGGCACGGCCAUCCACGGGCUGGAGGAGCGCGAGCUGGACAGGCUUAAGAACCCCACCCGCAGCCUGGACGUGGUGCUGCUGAUGGGCGCUGCGCUGGGCCAGAUGGGCAUUGCCUACUUCUCCAUUGUGGCCAUUGUGGCCACCCGCCCCCAUGAACUGCUCAACUGCCUCAUCCUGGCCUACUCGCUGCUGCUCAUUGUGCAGCACAUCGCCCAGAACCUCUUCAUCGUCGAGGGCCUGCACCGGCGCCCACUCUGGGAGGCUGCUCCCGAGGGGCCGGCAGGGAAGCGGGAGGGUGAGACACCGCGCAGGGGCUCCCUGCUGGAGCUCAGCCAGGGCCUGCAGCGGGCCUCACUAGCCUACAUCCACUCCUACAGCCACCUCAACUGGAAGCGGCGGGCGCUCAAGGAGAUCUCACUCUUCCUCAUCCUCUGCAAUAUCACACUAUGGAUGAUGCCUGCGUUUGGCAUACACCCCGAGUUUGAGAACGGGCUGGAAAAGGAUUUCUAUGGCUACCGGACGUGGUUCACCAUCGUAAACUUUGGCCUGCCUCUGGGGGUCUUCUACCGCAUGCACUCUGUGGGGGGCCUGGUGGAAGUCUACUUAGGGGCCUGAGACUUCCCAAGGAACCCAACCCUGGCAGAACCCCAAAGUGCCAAGGCUAGGGAGAAGGUAACCCAGAGCCUGUAAGCAGAUGCUCCGAUCUGGGGGGGCCUAGACCAGCCUGGGUUCCCAAAGCCUGCCCCUCCCCAGAGUCCCACUGAGGUGGGGAAGGCACUGUCUGCAGCCCAAGACCAAGGGCAGGGAGCUUCUGAUGUGCCCACAUCUAGGACUGGGCACAUGCCUGCCUCUGCUCACCACCACAAUCAGUACAGCCCAAGGCAUGCCCCAGGAAGCCCCACAGCUUUUCUCUGGGAGGGUUAGCCCUAAAUGACUGAGUCUGGGGAGUUUGAAGAGGGGAACCCCUACCCAGCCGGGCCCCAGAGGUCUGCCUCUGCCAUAGGAAGAGUGCACGGUCCAAGCUCAGCCCAGGGCACCCUGGAGGUUCACAGCUUCUUGGCGGCCCUUCCCUCUCCCCACCCACCCUGUCUCCUAAUGAGGUCAUUAAUUAACUGCCAGGCAGGGUUCAACAGCUCUCUCCUGCUGCUAUAAACCCUGUUUACUUGAUCAAUUACAUUCAGGCUUCGUGGCAUUUGUUCCCAGGGACAGAGCUGCCACUCUGGGUAUGGUGGAAAGAGGUGGUCCUCCUAGGCAGGUCUUUGGAACUGGGACAGUCCCAUUUCUGGGACAGAAGGGAUCUAAAGCAGUCCAACCCUUGUCUGAUCCAAGGGAGGAGGUGGGAAGAGGGGGACUGGGGCUCUUGCAUCCCUCCGCCCCUCACCAGCACACCCCCUCUCUGAGACAGAGCCCCAGCUUACUCAUGACAGCGGCUGCGGCCUGGUCCUCUGAGCUGUCGGGUGGGGAGGGCAGGCCCUGACAGCCCAUCCGUCUCCCUGAGCCCAGUGCAAACAGCAGGCUGUGCCCCGGGUGAGUCCCAGGGUGAGGCCCAGGUUUGCAUGCUUCUGGGCCCCUCCCUCUGAAGCCGGGCACUGGCAAACACAAAGUGCAGCCCCGGGGACCCUCAGUGCUAUCUCAGGAGUUGUCUGGGGCCAGCAGAGACCCCGGGGGCUGUGCAGGAAGCUGAGAGGCAGGUCCCUUGCCUCUCCUGUGUGGGGGCUUUCUCUGGGUGGCCACAGGCUAGGGGACCAAGCCCUGGGUGAUAGAGUCCAAUCUUCUACUUUC